AUGUACAUGUCGUCCGUCUCAUUUUUUGCUGCAACUUGUUGUCUCGCGCAGUAAUUAAUUAAUAAUUAAGUUUUGACAAAGGUUAAAUAAAAUAAAUUAAAAAUGGCGGAAAGUGUCAGUGAUUUGGAGAGUGACACGAGCUCAGUGGAAAGUGUUCCUACCGAUCUUCGGGGGCUUCCGUCUGGGGUCCUGCUACAACAGCUAAACAAGAGGGUCGAAUCCCUCCAGCAGGAGAAUAGGGUCCUCCGCAUGGAACUGGACACCUUCCGAUACAAGUGCAAGAGUCUCGAGGAGGAAAACAGGGAGCUGAAGAAGGCCAGAGUUACUAUUCAACUGAUGGCUGAACAGCAGGAGGAAUACAUAAGCAACACGUUGUUGAAGAAGAUCCAGGCCCUGAAGAACGAGAAGGAACAGCUAGCCAGGAACUAUGAACAGGAGGAAGAGUUCCUCACUAAUGAUCUCUCACGAAAACUUUUUCAAUUGCGUCAGGAGAAGUGUGAGCUGGAGGUGACGUUGGAGAAGGAGCAGGAGUACCAGGUGAACAAGUUGAUGAGGAGGAUCGAGAAGUUGCAAGCCGAGGUCGUCAACAAGCAGGCCAAUCUUGAACAGUUGAAAAAAGACAAAGUGGAAUUGGAGAACCAGCUGGAGCAGGAGCAAGAAGCUCUGGUCAACAGGCUGUGGAAGAGGAUGGACAAGUUGGAAGCCGAGAAGAGAAUGUUGCAGCAGAAGUUGGACCAGCCGGUGUCUGCACCUCCCUCGCCACGAGACUCGCAAGCUAUGGUGGUCGAUGGGGAUGCUGCCAACAACCUCGUGCAGAACAUCCAGGCGCUGAAGGCCGAGGUGCUCAGGCUUCAGAACCAACUGAAAACUGUUCAAGUGGAACACAAGGAGAAGAUAGUUCAGUAUGCAGAGGAGGAGCGCCACAUAAGGGAAGAGAACCUGAGGCUGCAGAGGAAACUCCAGAUGGAGAUCGAAAGGAGGGAACAACUCUGCAGGCAUCUCUCGGAAAGUGAAUCAAGUCUCGAGAUGGAUGAUGAGAGGUUCGUAGACGGUUGGUUGGAUAGAUGUUGGUUGGAUGGAUGGAUGGAUGGUUGGAUAAAAUGUUGA